CCCUAUGUGAGUUUAUCUGAGAAGCAUGGACAAUCCCAUACCUGUCACAAUGAGAGAGACCCCAGCAGGCGGGAUGAAGGGCACCCAAAAGCCUGUGGGUCAGGGCAGCAGACACAUGGAACCCAACGGGAUAACCUCAGACUUGAAGGAAGUCCUAGAUUCUCUCGGUGUGGGUCAGCUCAAGGACUUGGCAACCAUGGUUGCAGAGGAGCCACUGUCGGACGCUCAAGUUGAAGCGUUCCAGGCUGUCUUUGAGCUGUUUGCCACCGAUAGUCAUGGCUCCAUCGACGUAGUGGGUCUCUCCUCCCUAUUGGACACAGUAAACAUGAGACUCAGCCCCGAGCAGACUGAGGCUGCCCUACAUAGGGCCGACUAUGACGGAGAUGGUGAGGUAGGUUUUCAAGACUUUCUGUGUGUGAUGACAGACAGCCAGAAGUUCGCCAGGUGUAUAAAAGCGGAAUCCCCUGACCCAUCUCAGAGUGUGGAUCAGUCAGACUCUGUAUUCUACAAAGCCUUGAAUCAGAUGCUGAAUGCGGGCCUCAUUCCCAGCAGUGCCACUGGGGAGAUAGUUCGGUAUUACCAUAAGAAGUCGCUGCGUCAUGUGUUGCGGGUGGCGCCGCAUCAGAACAAGAGCAGGGGUCAUGUGAUCACCUACUACGCCAAGGGGGCCCAUCUGGUGGGCCUGCAGCCCAAGCAGCUGAUGAAGUACAUCAAACCCAACGCUCCCAGUACCAGCCCAUAUUCUAAGCGGCCCAGCCUGAACGUCAAGUCAAAGGUCAUGGUGGGCAAGCGGGUAGCGACACAGGGAAGUGUCCCCUCUGCCAAGACCUGGAAGACCGUGGAGAUCGAGGAGCGCAUCAGACAGUUAUCAAUCAAGUACCCAGGAAAGGAGACUAAGUCCAUGAUCACUCCGGUCAAGAUCAAGGUGGACCUGCAAGUGAAGGACCGAGAACGUCUCACCUAUGACAACAUCAACCAAAUACACCGCAAGUCCAAAGAGGGCUUGAACACCUACCUGGAGACGCUGAGCCAGUACAAGCAGCGGGACACCUGGGACUCCUGGGGCUCGCUGCAGAGCUACCACAGCUCUCUGGGCCACAAUGCCUUCUCUGACACAUUCUCCACCUACAGCUGGAGCUGGAGUGGCUGCCGCAACAUGCUGCAGCCCCGCGACCUGCUGGAAGAGAGGCACAACUUGCCUCUGCUGCCACAACAAUAUUAGGGAGCAGGGAGUAUGGAGGGAGUAUGGAUAAUUUCCAAUUAAAAGCAAGAAAUGUGUAGAUUUUGUACUACAUCCUAUUAUUUUUUAUAAACAUUUUUUAGCCAUCUUUUCCUCCCCAAUUUCGUGAUUACGAUCUUGUCUCAUCGCUGAAACUCCCCAACGGGCUCGGGAGAGGCGAAGGUUGAAAUCAUGCGUCCUCUGAAACAUGACUCACCAAACCGCGCCUCUUAACAUCCGCUCGCUUAACCCGGAAGCCAGCCGCAACAAUGUGUCGGAGGAAACACUGUUCAACUGACAACCGGAAGUAGGCCUGCAGGCGCCUGGCCCACCACAAGGAGUUGCUAGAGAGCGAUGAACCAAGUAAAGCCCCCGUGGCCAAACCUUCCCCUAACCCGGACGACGCUGCCCUAUGGGACUCCUGGUUACAACCCGGUAAUGACCCCAGGCUGUAGUGACGCCGCAUCACUGCAAUGCAGUUUCUUAGACCGCUGUGCCACUCGAGAGGCCAUUUCAUUGUAUUCUUAAUACACUACAUGACUAAAAGAAUGUGGAAACCUUCUCGUCGAACAUCUCAUUCCAAAAUCAUGGGCAUUAAUAUGGAGUUGGCACUGAUGUUGCGCGAUUAGGCCUUGCUCGCAGUCGGUAUUCCAAUUCCUCCCAAAGGUGUUGAAUGGGGUUGAGGUCAGGGCUCUGUGCAGGCCAGGGAAGAUCUUCCACACCGACCACGACAAACCAUUUCUGUAUGGACUUCGCUUUGUGCACGAGGGCAUUGUCAUGCUGAAACAGGAAAGGGUCUUCCCCAAACUGUUGCCACAAAUUUGGAAGCACACAAUCGUCUAGAAUGUACUUGUAUGCUAUAGCGUUAAGAUUUCCCUUCAAUGGUACUAAGGGGUCUAGCCCGAACCAUGAAAAACAGCCCCUGACCCAUAUUCCUCCUCCAAUAAAUUCUACAGUUGGCACUAUACAGUUGAAGUCGGAAGUUUACGUACACUUAGGUUGGAGUCAUUAAAACUAAUUUUUCAACCACUCCACAAAUUUCUUGUUAACAAAUUAUAGUUUUGGAAGUCGGUUAGGACAUCUACUUUGUGCAUGACACAAGUAAUUUUUUCAACAAUUGUUUAUAGACAGAUUAUUUCACUUAUCAUUCACUGUUUCACAAUUCCAGUGUGUCAGAAGUUUACAUACACUAAGUUGACUGUGCCUUUAAACAGCUUGGAAAAUUCCCAAAACUGAUGUCAUGGCUUUAGAAGCUUCUGAUAGCCUAAUUGACAUAAUUUGAGUCAUUUGGAGGCGUACCUGUGGAUGUAUUUCAAGGACUACCUCCAAACUCAGUGCCUCUUUGCUUGACAUCAUGGGUAAACGAAAAGAAAUCAGCCAAGACCUCAGAAAAAUAAUUGAAGACCUCCACAAGUCUGGUUCAUCCUUGGAAGCAAUUUCCAAACGACUGAAGGUACAACGUUCAUCUGUACAAACAAUAGUACGCAAAUAUAAACACCAUCGGACCACGCAGCCAUCAUACCGCUCAGGAAGGAGACGCGUUCUGUCUCCUAGAGAUGAACGUACUUUGGUGCGAAAAGUGCAAAUCAAUCCCGGAACAACAGCAAAGGACCUUGUGAAGAUGUUGGAGGAAACAGGUACAAAAGUAUCUAUAUCCACAGUAAAACGAGUCCUAUAUUGACAUAACCUGAAAGGCCGCUCAGCAAGGUAGAAGCCACUGCUCCAAAACCGUCAUAAAAAAGCCAGACUUCGGUUUGCAAUUGCACAUGGGGACAAAGAUUGUACUUUUUGGAGAAAUGUCCUCUGGUCUGAUGAAACAAAAAUAGAACUGUUUGGCCAUAAUGGCAGCAUCAUGUUGUGGGGGUGCUUUGCUGCAGGAGAGACUGGUGCACUUCACAAAAUAGAUGGCAUCAUGAGGAGGAAAAUUAUGUGGAUAUAUUGAAGCAACAUCUCAAGACAUCAGUCAGAAAGUUAAAGCUUGGUCGCAAAUGCGUCUUCCAAAUGGAUAAUGACCCCAAGCAUACUUCCAAAGUUGUGGCAAAAUGACUUACAAAAUUGACAACAAAGUCAAGGUUCUUGGAGUGGCCAUCACAAAGCCCUGACCUCAAUCCUAUAGAAAAUUUGUGGGCAGAACUGAAAAAGCGUGUGCGAGCAAGGAGGCCUACGAACUUGACUCAGUUACACCAGCUCUGUCAGGAGGAAUGGGCCAAAAUUCACCCAACUUAUUGUGGGAAGCUUGUGGAAGGCUACCUGAAACGUUUGACAAGUUAAACAAUUUAAAGGCAAUGCUACCAAAUACUAAUUGAGUGUAUGUAAACUUCUGACCCACUGGGAUUGUGACGAAAAAAAAUAAAAGCUGAAAUAAAUAAUUCUCUCUACUAUUAUUCUGACAUUUCACAUUCUUAAAAUAAAGUGGUGAUCCUAACUGACCUAAGAGGGAAUUUUUACUAAGAUUAAAUGUCAGGAAUUGUGAAAAACCGAGUUUAAAUGUAUUUUGCUAAGGUGUAUGUAAACUUCCGACAUCAACUGUACAUUCAGGUAGGUAGUGUUAUUCUGGCAUUGGCCUAACCCAGAUUUGUCUGUCGGACUGCUCGAUGGUGAAGCGUGAUUCAUCACUCCAGAGAACUCGUUUCCACUGCUCCAGAGUCCAAUGGCGGCGAGCUUAACACCACGCCAGCAGAUGCUUGGCAUUGCGCAUGGUGAUCUUAGGCUUGUGUGUGGCUGCCCAGCCAUGGAAAUGCAUUUCAUGAAGCUCCCGACGAACAGUUCUUGUGCUGACGUUGCUUCCAGAGGCAGUUUGGAACUCGGUAGCGAGUGUUGCAACUGAGGACAGAUGAUUUUUACGAGCUAUGCGCUUCAGCACUUGGUGGUCCUGUUCUGUGAGCUUUUGUGGCCUACCACUUCGUGGCUGAGCCGUUGUUGCUCCUAGACAUUUCCACUUCACAAUAACAGCACUUACAGUUGACCGGGGAAGCUCUAGCAAGGCGAACAUUUGACGAACUGACUUGUUGGAAAGGUGGCAUACUAUGACGGUGCCACGUUGAAAGUCACUGAGCCCUACAGUAAGGCCAUUCUACUGCAAAUGUUUGUUUAUGGAGAUUGCAUGGCGGUGUGCUCAAUUUUAUACACCUGUCAGCAAUGGGUGUGGUUGAAAUAUCAGAAUCCACUAAUUUGAAGGGGUGUCCACAUAUUUUUGUAUAUAUACUAUAUAUAUAUAUAUAGUGUAUAUACCAUUUAGUCAACACUUUUCUCCAAAGUGACUUACAGUAUAAUGAGUACAUACAAUAGUACUUAUGACUGACUAAUGAGCACUGCAUCAAUUGCUGAAAUGUAUAUUUCAAUGUGACUUUUUUUGAAUUGGGUGACAAGAUUUUUAAACCAUUUUCCAGAAGUACUUUUCACAGUUGUAUUAUUUUACAUGAGCCAGUACAUAUCUGUGUGUUCAUGCGUGUGUGAGUAUAAGAUAACAUACCAUCAGAUCCAAAAUGAUUGCUACCCGUGAUAAAGAUCAAAUCAAAAAUGUUUCACCUUACAGUGAAAUGCUUACUAACCAAUAGUGCAAAAAAGGUGUUGGGUGAACAAUAGGUAAGUAAAGAAAUAAAAACAACAGUAAAAAGACAGUGAAAAACAGUAGCGAGGCUACAUACAGACACCGGUUAGUCAGGCUGAUUGAGGUAGUAUGUACAUGUAGAUAUGGUUAAAGUGACUAUGCAUAUAUGAUGAACAGAGAGUAGCAGUAGCGUAAAGAGGGGUUGGCUGGACACAAUGCAGACAGCCCGGUUAGCCAAUGUGCGGGAGCACUGGUUGGUCGUGCCAAUUGAGGUAGUAUGUGCAUGUGUACAUGAAUGUAUAGUUAAAGUGACUAUGCAUAUAUGAUCAACAGAGAGUAACAGCAGCGUAAAAAAGAGGGGUUGGGGUAGCCAUUUGAUUACCUGUUCAGGAGUCUUAUGGCUUGGGAGUAAAAACUGUUGAGAAGCCUUUUUGUCCUAGACUUGGCACUCCGGUAACGCUUGCCAUGCGGUAGCAGAGAGAACAAUCUUUGACUGGGGUGGCUGGGGUUUUUGACAAUUUUUAGGGCCUUCCUCUGACACCGCCUGGUGUAGAGGUCCCGGAUGGCAGGCAGCUUAGCCCCAGUGAUGUACUGGGCCGUACGCACUACCCUCUGUAGUGCCUUGCGGUCGAAGGCUGAACAAUUGCCGUACCAGGCAGUGAUGCAACCGGUCAGGAUGCUCUCGACGUUGCAGCUGUAGAACCUUUUGAGGAUCUCAAGACCCAUGCCAAAUCUUAUUAGUUUCCUGAGGGGGAAUAGGCUUUGUCGUGCCCUCUUCACGACUGUCUUGGUGUGCUUGGACCAUGUUAGUUUGUUGGCAAUGUGGACACCAAGGAACUUGAAGCUCUCAACCUGCUCCACUACAGCCCCGUCGAUGAGAAUGGGGGCGUGCUCGGUCCUCCUUUUCCUGUAGUCCACAAUCAUCUCCUUAGUCUUGGUUGCGUUGAGGGAUAGGUUGUUAUUCUGGCACCACCCGGCUAGGUCCCUGACCUCCUCCCUAUAGGCUGUCUCGUCGUUGUCUGUGACACUGUUGUGUCGUCUGAAAACUUAAUGAUGGUGUUGGAGUCGUGCCUGGCCAUGCAGUUGUGGGUGAACAGGGAGUACAGGAGGGGACUGAGCACGCACCCCUGGGGGGCUCCAAUGUUGAGGAUCAGCGUGGCAGAUGUGUUGCUACCUACCUUCACCACCUGGGAGUGGCCCGUUAGGAAGUCCAGUAUCCAAUUGCAGAGGGAGGUGUUUAGUCCCAGAAUCCUUAGCUUAGUGAUGAGCUUUGAGGGUACUAUGGUGUUGAACGCUGAGCUGUAGUCAAUGAAUAGCAUUCUCACAUAAGUGUUCCUUUUGUCCAGGUGGAAAAGGGCAGUGUGGAGUGCAAUAGAGAUUGCAUCAUCUGUGGAUCUGUUUGGGCAGUAUGCAAAUUGGAGUGGGUCUAGGGUUUCUGGGAUAAUGGUGUCUAUGUGAGCCAAUACCAGCCUUUUAAAGCACUUCAUGGCUACGGACAUGAGUGCUACGGGUCUGUAGUCAUUUUGGCAGGUUGCCUAGAUGAGCAAAAAAGACUGUCUAAAAUAAAUUAAUACAAUUGAAGAAGGCAGUCUAUAAGCGCAGACAGAGGAUAUCAAUGUUCUGGAAAGAUGCUGUAUGGAGGAAUAGUCUAAGAUCCCACAAAACGUGUUCACCAAUCUCAUAAAACAUUUUAGAAAAAGGCACAGUGCUGAGGGCGCCGGAGUAUUGAUAACAGGAGUGCCAAUCAUUUUGACCCCUAUCUUUUUUUAAAUGUGUUUUUUUACUUAUUAGUAGUUGUAUUAGUAUAAAAUAAUAUGAUUCGAUUUUUUUUUUCUUCAUACAAUAGGGUUCAGUAUUUGUAUUGUUUAUUUUAUACAGUCUUUUUUGCUCAUCUUUAUCAAGGUUGACAUUAUUUUGGACCUGACUGUACUUAACAUAUCUACAUGUACUAAUUUGCCUGACAUUGGAAUUCAGGCACGACACAGUGACAAGAUAAAAAGGAUUAUUGUGGAUACUGGCUCUCUCACAAGUCUAACAUAUCCUAUACUUCGCAAACCAAACUAGAAUAGAAGCAUUUUUAGUUCUCACAGUCUUCAAAUGAUGGAUUAUCAUGGCACCCUUUAACAUAAACAUCUCAAAUCAGACCUCACGGUCCCACAAUUUUUCACUGGCUCAUUCCUUAAAGAGUUUGAGCUUCAUGUUUGGUUUGGGAGGGGUUUGUGUAAUGGUUGGCAACUUGUCAAUGACUUAUGACCUAAAAUCACAAAUUCCACUUCUGUCCUUUCCCUCAAUGUUGACUUAAAAGGACCUGUGUCUCGAAUGAAGUGGUCGUGAUAAAACUAAGUCACUUCCGAAGAGGAGGGCGCUAUCCUACUAUCGCCUAAAGCAGGGUUUCCCAA